AUGAAGCAUACCGAACGUAACAUUGCUAAUGUCACUACUUCUCUUGCUGUCGGACCGGCUCCGACACAGGAGCGUGAACGACCAUUUCAGUGCCCCGUGCCGUCAUGUAAUGGUCGCUUCCAGCGCAAGUUUACCUUACGUGAGCACAUGAAGACCCACACAGGCGAGAAGCCGUACCAAUGUGCAAUUCGCUCAUGUGCUAAGCGCUUCAGCACCUCUGGCAACUUGGCUCGUCACCGUCGCCUUCACUUGCUCAAGAAGCUCGAAUGCCCGGUCGAGGGAUGUACGCGCAUCUUUACCAAGUCGGAAAAACUUGCUCGCCAUCUACAAAACCAUCUCGGCAGCGUUGCACACAUCUGCGUUGUGGAAGGCUGUGGCAAGACGUUUAGUACCUCCGGUAACUUAACGCGUCACUUGCGCACGCAACAUUCACCUGGAGCUGUGGCCGCUGCUCGCGCUGCUUCCCAACCCAAGCUCCUUCCCUCAAUCGCUCGACCAAACUCGGCUUCUAGUGCUGAGUAUGCACCAUGGUCAACACAUACCACGAGUGCUGCUGAGCAGAACAUCAGCGUCCCUCAGGCUGUGAAUGUGUCAGAUCACGAGAUUCUAGACGUACUACAAUGUCUUUUUGUCGACGAAAAUCCCGUUUCAUUUGCGGUGCACGCAGAGCAGCCCCAGGAGCAGUACCGCCUUCACAGUGACCAGCCCACACAACUUCUGUUGAAUCCAUGGUCAGUGUGUUGGGUCGCAAGUAUCUACAGACUGUACCGUACUUUGCGUAAAUUUAGUGUUUAUAUGAACUCGCUGUGGUCAAAACUGCCUAUCGACAGUUGUUGUCAAGCAACAGCAACUGAGCAGAACAUCAACCUCUGA